UCAUUAAAAAAGUAAAACAGGGGAAAAUGAUUGGUUCAAGAAAAGAGACACUCAUGAAACUUAACCCAGUUUUGGACAAGGAUGGACUUUUGCGAAUCGGUGGGCGCCUAUCUUCUGCUGAACUUAAUGAAGAUGAAAAACACCCUCUGAUCAUCCCAUCUUCCAGUCACGUAGCCACACUCCUAGUGCGACACUUCCACGAACAGUCUGCUCAUCAGGGACGGCACAUCACAGAAGGAGCUGUCCGUAGUGCUGGGUUCUGGAUAGUGGGAGGUAAGCGGCUCGUUUCUUCUUUGAUACACAACUGUGUCACCUGCCGCAAGUUGCGUGGCAAAAUGCAGUUUCAGAAAAUGGCUGAUUUGCCUGCUGACCGAGUGACUCCAGAGCCCCCUUUCACAACAGUGGGCUUGGACGUGUUCGGGCCAUGGACAAUAGUUACACGUCGCACGAGAGGUGGCAGUGCACGAAGCAAACGGUGGGCUGUUAUUUUCUCAUGCAUGACAACUAGGGCCGUACAUAUCGAGCUAAUUGAAAGCAUGUCAACUGACAGCUUUAUAAAUGCAUUAAGGAGAUUUUUUGCAGUUCGUGGGCCAGCUAAACUUUUGCGUUCAGAUCGAGGAACUAAUUUUGUUGGAGCUUGUAAAGAACUGGGCUUGGACACUGAUAAGUCAGCUACAGGAAAGUUCCUUCAAGAGAAAGGAUGUGCAUGGACAUUUAACCCACCUCAUGCAUCCCACAUGGGAGGGUCUUGGGAACGUCUCAUUGGGGUAGCUAGGCGCAUCCUGGAAGCUAUGUUGACAAAAAAUGCUCAGACCAAUCUGUCUCAUGAGAUUUUAAGCACAUUCAUGGCUGAAGUGAUGGCUAUUAUUAAUGCAAGACCUCUAGUCCCAGUGUCCACAGAUCCUGAGUCCCCAACAGUACUCACUCCAGCAAUGCUACUAACUCAAAAGGCAAGUUCCGUUUCAGCUCCAUCCGGAAACUUUUCCCAGGGUCAGCUAUAUGGGAAACAAUGGAAACGGGUCCAACAUCUGGCGGACACGUUUUGGAAAAGAUGGAAAAUGGAAUAUUUGUCUAGCUUGCAAAAACGUUCAAAAUGGACGAACAAUCAACCGAAUGUGAAAGAAGGAGACAUUGUCCUGUUGAAAGAUGCUCAAGCACACAGGAACGAAUGGCCAAUGGGACUGAUAGUUAGAACUGUACCCAGCGGUGACAAUAGGGUCCGCAAGUUGAAGUGCGGAUCGUGAGAGAUGGCACAGCCAAAGUGUUCUUAAGACCUGUGUCAGAAAUUGUUGUUUUACUUUCAGAUAUUAACUGAAUACCACAUGUGAUGUCAUAUGUUUCUCGUUUAAUAGUGAUAUAAUGUAAUUAUAUCAAGCGGGGAGUGUCAUGCCUUUUUGUUAAAAAGACAAAAGUAAUUCAUAAGUUAAUAAGUUAGUUAAAAUUCUAUAAGUUAGUUCAAAUGUAAAUAUUGUAGUCCAAAGAGUUCAUCUAAAAAUGAUAGCGAGUGAGACCUCGCCUUUUCCAGCAAACGUGCAUUUAUGUUGAAAGCAAGAGCAUCUGUCGCAAUUAGCGAUCUUUGUCGCCAGCCUUUUUUCCUCCUUCCAAGCAUGUUUCUCAGCGCCUGCGAGGCUUAAAACAUCGACGAACUUGCUCUGCCGGCUAAGCCUUGGCUAACCUUCGUCUUUUUACCGCAUCACAACAACAACACACGUUAUACACACAAAUUGAGACCUCCAUAAAAUCAAGAAAAGUACGCCUUGUCUCUGGAGAGUUUCAUUUUUUGGUUCGCUGGCUGUAUAGCAACACACGUGACGUGUUGUGAGGACAGCAC